AUGGGCUGCAUAGCCUGUCAGGUAUAUAACACAGGGCUACCAAUCUGGGGCCUCAUCAUAGCACUAGGCAUCUCUCUGGUCCUGCAGCUCUGCCUUAGUAUCCUCAAGGCCGUCACAAACACCGAGCUCAGCGACAACGUGAUCGCGGAGUUCAUUGCCGGCUAUGUGAUUUCUAACCGACCGAUCGCGAAUAUGAUCUUCAAGGCAUAUAGCUCGGUGACUUGCUUGCAGUCGGUACAGUUCGCAGCAGAUUUAAGCUGGACAUUACAUGAAGAUCCCUCCGCGCACCAUGUUCACAGCCCAGAUCGUGGCGACGAUAAUCGCCUCGUUUGUAACUAUUGGCGUCAAUGCAUGGCAAAUGGCAAAUAUCCCCGACGUUUGUACGAAAGAUCAGCCGUCGAGGUUUACAUGUCCAGCUAUGUCUGGCCUACAGUUGUGGUUGGGUUCAUCGUCAACUACUACAUCAAGCGGAGAUACUCGGCGUGGUGGAAAACAUAUGCCUAG